CACUUCCGUCGAGCUGUAAAAUCUGGAAGGAUGCAGGAGGUUUAGCGUUUCCACUAGUUACCACAGCUACCGAGUCGAAAAUGGACGAUAUCGUAAAAAUUCGACUUUUGGGCUAAAUUUACGGUUAGGCGUAAGGUUAGCAGUGUGGUUAAGGUUAGGUUUCAAAUCAGAUUUUAAGAAGAAAAAUGUUAGUAAUGGGCGAGGUGUAGCCAUAAUUAUGACUUUGUGGUUGUGGUAACUAGUGACGACCAGAGGCUUAAUGUACAGCCAGAGAUACUCCUUUCUCUACUUUCUCUGGGACAGUUUAUAUGUGACAAAAUGUCGAUGACUACUCUGCAGAAGGUUACUCUGAUUUCCUGCUCUGUCCUCUGUGUUUCGUUAUUCCUUCCCAAAAUGCUUUUACCGAGAGGGAAGAAGGAUGUAGGGCAGCCCGAGGUUGGUCCUGGGUAUUAUCCUCCCAUGAUGCAUCGCCUACAGAUGCCAGAGGAGGGCCUCGGACAGUGGAUGGAGGGGACUCAUGGCUCUGGGCCCCACAGCCCUGAGAUCCUGGCUAAAGCCAAAGGCAUGGGCACACUUCAGAUCCGAGGAGCCACUAAAUCCAAUCUGAUCAGCCAGGCCAUUCCCAUCUACGGAUUUGGAAUCCUACUCUACAUCCUCUUCAUCAUAUUUAAGAUGACAACUAGGCCUAAAGGAAAAAUUACUAAACUGGUAUGCCGAUUUCCUACAAUGUCAUCUGAAGCUUGGCAGAAGAAGAGGACAGAUGAUGAGCUGGCCCAGCUUCAGGAGAAGCUGCUGGAGACAGAGAGAGUGAUGGAGAGAAUCAUCUCCAGAAGGAGCAGCACUCCUGACAGCAGGACUAGCAGCAAGGUUAGAAGAGCAUCAAAGCAGGAGGAGAAGUUACUGCGGAAGCUGAGCAAGAUCAGCCGGGUGAUGCAGGAGGUACGACUGAUGGAGGGGGCCACACCUGAGAUGGAGGCUGAGAUGGUGCCCUACACAGCUGACUGGGAGGGCUACCCUGAGGAGACCUACCCCCAGUAUGAGGAGCCCGGUGGCAGACGCAGCAGCAGUUAUGACCCCAUCACCAUCCAGGUGGAGCCUGCUGCUGACUCAGAGAUACCCACUGCUGAGGCCCUGGCUGAGGAGGUGGUAGAUGAGGAGGAGGAGGAUGACACGGAGGAGGAGGAGUUGCAGGUCUGCCUGCCCCCGCCACUUGAAGGAGGAUUGGAAGAAAAGAGUAGUAGUCCCAGCAGAGUAAAAAAGCAAAUCAGAUUCAGCGAUCACAAAGAUGUGUUUCACUACCCUAAGCAGGAUACGGUCUAUGAAUAUAGGUAUGAAGAGGUGAAAGAGGAGGAGAAGGAAGAAGAGGAUGAGGAAGUUGAAGAAGAGAAGGAGGAGGAAGAGGAGCAAGUGGAUGAGACAGAGGAAGAAGUAGGUGAUGAAGAAGACCCACUGAUGGAGGCAGAGGCUCUCCGUUUUAGUUGUGAUGUCUGUAGUAAUCCAGAGGCAGAAGCAGAAGAAGAAGAGUACAUUCUACUGUCUCAGUCUGAAGAGACAGACAGCUUCGCCCCACCAGAUAUGGCUGGGGAGCUGGGGAUUGGGAGUUUUCUCAGGAUGAGGAACAGGAGAGAGACAUAGUGGGCAGAGUCAAUAAGGAAACUAGCUCAUCAUAAACUCCCUAGCCCUUUUACCUUACUGAGUGUUUUGAAUAUUCCCAAGAAUGUACCUCUCCUUAUGCAAAUCCCCGUUUUCUAUCCUGUCUCCUUGCGUCCCAAGACAAGAUGAAUGGGUGAAUUUUGUGAUCCUACCUAAUACCCUAAUAUUCAUGCUGCUUUAAAGAAAACCAUUUACCUACAAUUCACCAUGUCCUUUGAUGACAGACAUCAAACUAUCUGACUCUAACCUUAUUCUAAUAUGGCAGUCAAGCAUUGUAGACCCUGGUAUCCUCUGGGAUAGAUUGUAAACAGAGAGAGCAGGACCCACAUUAAUAAUCUACCUCUGUUUACUCAUUUAAAUCCAGCUUUUGUAUCUCAAAUCUAUUAAAAGUGGACAUUCUAUUAAAAGGUAAUAUAAAAAUUCAAACCAGCAACUAUUAAGCCCAGAAUGUAUCCGUAAUAAAAAAUGAAUUGUCCAUGAGUUGGAUCUGAAUCUCCUGUUUUCCUGUUGAAUACACUGUACUACCACUGUCCUCGGACACUGUCCACUGUCCUAGCAGUCUAUUGUCCUUCUAUGACCAUAUCAUCACUUCAUACACAUCUCAGGGGUUCAGUCAGAGUAUACAUGAGUAUAUGUGAGUAUACAUAGUGCUGUGGGUGCAUGUGACUUGUUUGACUAAUGACAGGUUUGACUCAUUGGAGUUUUAUUUUUUUCAUAAUCAGAACUGUGUGUUUACAAACACUGUAUAUUGAACAAUGUACACAUUUUACAUUACAGUGAACCAAUACUAUACACACUCAGAAUGAAAGGGCCUUGUUUCUUGGACACAAAGAAACUUGAUAUGAAAAGCACAGUAUUUUUUCUGCAAGGAUCUCAGCAGUUUGCCUAAAAAUUCAGAAGAGUUAGAACACAUCACUAAGAAACAGGAAUAUCAUGGUUGAUUAAAGACCCUUUUUCAUAACUUGCAUUGAGCUGCCUCGGAGAUUGUUUGCCUUCAUUUUACAGUUAAUAUCCAUAAAAUAUAAAAUAGUUUCA